AGCAGUACUACCCCCUUGAAAACCAGUCAGCACACAUUCACACAUCAUGGGUAUUCUCGAAAAGAUUGAGCAAAUUAAGCUUGAGUUGUCGCGCACGCAGAAGAACAAGGCCACUGAGUACCAUAUUGGGUUGUUGAAGGGUAAGCUCGCGCGAUACAGACGCCAGUUGUUGGAGCCAGCGGCCGGUUCCGGGGGCUCAACGGGGCAGGGAUUUGAGGUACAAAAGUCGGGUGAUGCAAGAGUGGUAUUGAUUGGCUUCCCGUCUGUCGGUAAGUCGUCAUUCCUCUCGAAAAUCACCAAGACCAAGUCGGAAGUUGCUAACUACGCUUUCACAACCUUGACCUCGGUACCGGGUGUAUUGGAGUAUCAUGGUGCAGAGAUUCAAGUCGUCGAUUUGCCCGGGAUUAUUAGAGGUGCCUCCCAGGGUAAGGGUAGAGGGAGACAGGUAGUGGCCACAGCCAAGACGGCGGAAUUGAUUUUGAUGGUGUUGGAUGCCACCAAAUCUAACGACCAACGUGAAAUUUUGGAGGCUGAAUUGGAGUCUGUGGGGAUCAGAUUGAACUGCAGUAAGCCAAACAUCCACUUCCGGGUGAAAAAGACCGGUGGGAUCAAAUUCAACUCCACCUCGCCGCCAACCUACUUGUCGGAGAAGAUCUGUUACGCCAUCUUGAAAGACUACAAGAUUCACAACGCGGAUAUCUUGGUACGCGAUCCGGAGUGUACAGUUGAUGACUUCAUUGACAUCAUUAACGAGGAUCACAUCACUUACGUCAAGUGCUUGUAUGUGUACAACAAGGUAGAUGCUGUCUCGCUCGAGGAGACUGACCGCUUGGCUAGAGAGCCACAAACGUGUGUCAUGUCGUGUGAGUUAGAUUUGGGGAUCACAGACUUGGUUGAGGCCAUUUGGAAGAACUUGAACUUAACGCGGUUGUACACCAAGAGAAGGGGGAUUUUGCCGAAGUUGGAUGACCCGAUGGUUGUCAGACAUGACUCGAGUAUCGAGAAGGUAUGCGACUCUAUCCACAAGGACUUUAAGAAUGGGUUUAAAUAUGCCUUAGUCUGGGGUUCGUCUGCUAAGCACUCCCCACAGAAGUGUGGGUUGUCCCACAUCGUCCAUGAUGAGGACGUUGUGCAGCUUGUUAUUAAAUGAGUGUGUGUAUUAAUCAAGAGCGUUUAUUUAGUUGUAAAAGUGAUGGUUGGAAGAAAC